AUGGAUAUGCUGGAGCAGAGCCUGGACAAUACGGCGAGUCACGACAAACAAGACGCAGAGGACGGAGUCUCGCUACAAGAAGGAGACGCCGUGGGGGAGGAGCAGACGGCCGUCAUCACCGGCGUCCCGCAAGCGGCUUUCACCGACCACAAUGUUCAGUACCAGUUCCGCACAGAGAACAACGGAAGCCAGGUGACGUACCGUGUGGUGCAGGUCACAGACGAUCACCUGGAGACCACAGACGCCUCGGGGGCCGUGAGCGUCGUCUCUGCUGCUGCCUUCACUGGAGCUCCUCAGGCUGUGGCUCAGGCUGUGAUCCAGAACCCCUUCAGUAAUGGGGGCAGUCCUGGGGUGGAGUCGGUCGGGGCAGAGACGCGUUUUGCUUAUUUUCCGGCGGCGACGGUGAGCGACGGCACCGCGGUGUCGGUGCAGGCGGCGGCCGACCCCACCAUCACACAGGCCGGAGGUCAGUUCUACGUGAUGAUGAGUCCCCCUGAGGUCCUGCAGACCGCGGCCCAGCGCUCCAUCGCCCCCCGCUCUCACGCCUACUCCACAGAUCUCAGUGACGGAGACUUGUUGCAGACGGGAAGUUCCAACUGGAAAGUCGACGGUCCUCGAGCUCCGAGAGACGAGAGGAGGAGAGCACAACACAACGAGGUGGAAAGAAGAAGAAGAGAUAAAAUAAAUAACUGGAUCGUAACUCUGUCUAAAAUAAUUCCUGACUGCAGCGUGGACAGCAGAACCGGAGCGAGUAAAGGAGGGAUCCUGUCCAAAGCCUGCGACUACAUCCGAGAGCUGCGGCAGAGCAACCAGCGUCUGCAGGAGAGCUUCAAGGACGUGGAGCGAGUGGAGAUGGACAACGAGCUGCUGCGACAGCAGAUCGAGGAGUUGAAGAACGACAACGCGCUCCUGCGGGCGCAGCUGCAGCAGCACGGGAUCGAACUGAACGGAGACUCGGCGACGCAGUGA